AUGGAUGAACUUUUACAGAAGCAAGAAAUUUAUUGGGCCCAACGGUCUAGAAUAAAUUGGCUAAAACAUGGAGAUAAGAACACCAAAUUUUUCCAUGCCAAAGCGACACAAAGAAGAAGGAAAAAUUAUAUCAAGGGUAUCCGGAAUGAUCAUGGGCAGUGGGUGGAAGAGUUGGAGGAGGUGGUUGGGGUUGCUUCAGCCUACUUUGACAACCUUUUUCAUGCAGGAUUGGGGGAUCAAAUGGAGGAGUGCCUGAAUGCAGUGGAGAGUAAGGUGACUGAUGACAUGUGGGAAUUUUUCUCUACUGAGUUUACUGCUGAAGAAGUUAAAGUGGCUUUGUUUCAAAUGGGACCAACAAAAUCUCCAGGACCUGAUGGUAUAAACGCCAUUUUUUAUCAAAAAUUCUGGCAUGUGGUGGGUGACUCUGUUGUUCUUGCUGUUCUGGAUUUUUUAAAUAAUGGUAAUAUGCUUCCUGAUAUUAAUCAUACAAAUAUUGUGCUUAUCCCUAAAAUCAAAAAUCCAGAGAGAAUGUCUGAGUUUAGACUAAUAAGCCUUUGUAAUGUUAUUUACAAAAUUAUUUCCAAGGUGUUGGCAAACAGGUUGAAACAGGUUCUGCCUCAGAUCAUCUCACACACUCAGAGUGUCUUUGUACCGGGGAGGUUGAUUACUGAUAAUGUGUUGGUGGCAUACGAGACUCUCCAUACCAUGCAUUCCAGGAAAAAAGGGAAGAAGGGGUCCAUGGCAUUGAAGCUGGAUAUUAAUUUUAUUGCAUUGUUGAACAAAGCAGAAUCAGAAGGGCGGCUUAAGGGAGUCUCCAUUUGCAGAGAGGCACCAAAGGUCACGAACCUUAUGUUUGCUGAUGACUCAUUACUGUUUUGCCAGGCAACUAGGGAUGAGGGGGAAACCAUAACUGAGAUCCUUCAAAUCUAUGAAAGAGCCUCUGGGCAGAGUAUUAAUCUAGAAAAGUCCUCAGUUUACUUCAGCAGCAACACCUCAGAUAGCCAGAAGGGUCAGAUUUUGGGUGCAUUGGGAGUGAAGGAGGUUAGCCGGUUUGAAACAUACCUUGGCCUACCAACUUUGAUUGGGAGGGCUAAAUAUCACACUUUCUCAUUUUUGAAAGAUAGAAUUUGGAAGAAGCUCCAAGGAUGGAAGGGCACCUUAUUGUCUAGAGCUGGCAAAGAAAUCCUUAUCAAGGUUGUGGCACAGUCCAUACCCACCUAUACAAUGAGUGUGUUUCAGAUACCUUUGAAACUUUGUGAUGAGCUAGAUGCAUUGUAUGCAAAAUUUUGGUGGGGUCAAGUGUGCAAUGAACGGAAAAUUCAUUGGAAAAGUUGGGAUAAGCUUACUAUUGCAAAGAAAGAAGGUGGCAUGGGAUUUCGGGAUUUGAGAGCCUUUAAUUUAGCCAUGUUGGCCAAGCAAGGGUGGAGGAUGAUAAAGGAUAAUGAUUCGUUGCUCUAUCAAUGUUUUAAAGCAAGGUACUUUCCGAGAUCAAAUUUCCUUGAGGCUAAAGAAUCACCAAAUUGCUCAUAUGUGUGGCGAAGUUUGAUGGCUGCAAUGCCUAUUCUCCAAUCCGGUCACUGUUGGAGGGUUGGGAAUGGAUUCUCAAUUAAUGCUUUAAAGGAUAAGUGGCUUCCUAAUUUUCCCACAAACAAGGUCCUUAAUCCGAUCCAAGAGAAUGGGGAUGAUUUGAUGGUGUGUGAGUUGAUCAAUCCGGAGCUUAAUACAUGGAGAUAUGAGGAUAUUAGAACCAUCUUUCACAGCCAAGAAGCGGAUGCAAUCUGCCAAAUUCCAUUGAGCAGAAGAUUUGUAGCUGAUACUAUAAUUUGGAUGCAUAACUCACGAGGUAUUUUUACUGUCAAGUCUGCUUAUCAUGUGGCGAGAAGAAUUCUUACUGAUGAAGCGUGGGUUGGAACAUCUGGAGGUGGUGUUGCUAAAAAGAAACACAAGCAUGGCCAGUCCGAUUUGGUGCAACUGACGGAGGAAUUGUUGGAGCGAUUGAAUUUGGAAGAGCUUGGGCUAUUCUGGACUCAAGCUUGGCUGAUCUGGAAUCAGCGAAACUCAUUGCUGCAUGGUGGAAAAAUGAAGAGCCCAAUUUGUUUGAACAAACGGGCAGAGGAAUGCAUGGAAGAUUACCAACGGGCUCAAACACGACUUAAUGCUCAGCCGAGACAGCAACCUUAUGAGGAAGUAUGGAAACCACCACCUUCUGAGGCGUACAAACUCAAUUUUGAUGCUGCAACAUUUCCGAAUUUAGGCAGAACAGGGAUUGGAGCAAUUGUUCGAAAUGAAAAGGGAAAGGUAAUGGCUGCAAUGUCUGCCUGUGGACCGGCUGUGCAAACCAGUGAUGAAGCGGAGUUGCUGGCUUGCCAGAGAGCUUUAGAAUUUGCUGUGGAUGCUGGCUUUUCCAAAUUGAUCAUUGAGGGUGACAACAGUAACGUCAUUCACGAUAUAUCUUCAUCAAAGGAAAACACCUCUUCAUUUGGCAAUGUAGUGGAUGAUAUUCGCCAUUUGAUAAGGGGUUUAAUUUGGUCUGAGGUUUACUGUAUUAGAAGGGGUGGGAAUAGGGUAGCCCAUGCUUUGGCUCAACAUGCUAGACAAACAUUAGAUGAGGACUUGUACUGGUUGGAGGACUCUCCCCCACCAGCCUUGGAUGCUCUGUAUCAUGAUCUUUUAUCUAUCUAA